UUAUCGUCUCAGUUAGCCAUCGUUGGUCUAAUUUAAUAUAGUAAAAUUAUAACAGUUGCGAUAACAAAUAGAAUGUAUGCUUAUAGAUGAUAGAGAGUAAAGUAGGUCAUGAAAUUCCGUAUGAUCUGGUAAUUCUCUCAUGGCAGGUGAAGGUGAUUUCUUUUAUAAUGUAACAAAAUUGUGUAACAUCUAUCUUAUAAAAAAUGAAACAAUAAUUUUUUUUAUAAAUUUAGGUGAAACCACAGUCGGUACAACUCCCAUACCAACAACACCAGAACCUACUACAACCACCUGCACCCCACCAACCACUCCACAGCCAACCACGACCCCGCCCACCACUACACAGCCAACCACCACCCCACCCACCACUACACAACCAACCACCACACCACUUACCACUACACAGCCAACCACCAUCCCUCCCACCACUAUACAACCAACUACUACCCCACCCACCACUGCACAGCCAACCACUCCAACUCCAAAACCAACUGGGCCACCUGAAACAGAUUGUGAUGAGGAUGAUUUGGAUUGCAUCAUUAAAGAAACUGGUGAUAUUUCUGUAUGGUUUGAAUGCCCAGAAGCAAUUGGAGCCUAUCGCCAUCCAAGUAGCAAUAAGCUCUUCAUUUUCUGUAAGAAUUGGAAGCCCCUUGUGAAGAAGUGUGGUCAAAAAUCAGUGUAUUCUGAACAAAUGAGAACUUGCGUUAGGCCUUAAGAUGAAGAAAAAGAAAGAUUUUAUUUUAUUUUGUUUUAAUUUAAUUUUACUUAAUUUUAUUUUAUUUUAUUUUAUUACGUUGAAGUAAUACUUGGUUUUUUGGUUCAUAGUUAUGUAAAAAGAAUCAAAAAUGCUGCCCUUUAUAUAAAUAAAUCUUAAUAUAAUAAGUGUUUAUUACAAAAAUAUUUGCUGCAGAAUUCAAUAUCUAUGCUGUACUAAUAAAUGAAAGUUUGUGCGAGUAUCUUUGUGUUUCACUCAUAGCUCCCCUGAACGGUUCAUACUAGGAUCCUAAAAUUUGGAUAAUGGGUGCAAGGGGAAAUUUUG